AUGUGGACAUGUGCAAGACGAGGCUAUUCAAAUGUGGCCAAUGGGGUGGCCUCUGUGAAUGCUUUGAAGUCCCCUACAAUACGAGAACUUCAGCAGCUGGCAGGAACAGACUCACAGCACUCUUUCCCUACACCUCGUCAAUUGAAAGCACAUCUCGACAAAUACAUUAUCGGACAAGAUCAUUGUAAAAAAGUUCUUUCAGUUGCAGUGUUUAACCACUACAUCCGGAUCCAGGAUGCUUCAAAGGAAAGUUCUGCUACAUUGCUGGGAGCACCUGUGCUACACAAGAAGUCCGAUACCGGCGUGGAGCUUGAGAAGUCAAACAUUCUCCUGUUUGGCCCUACUGGCUCAGGCAAGACACUGGCAGCUACCACUAUGGCCCGGGUGCUUCAGGUUCCGAUGGUUAUACAAGACUGCACGUCGCUGACGCAGGCCGGUUACGUGGGCGAGGAUGUGGAGAGCUGCAUUCUGAAGCUCCUGGCCAAAGCUGAUUAUGAUGUCAAUCUUUGCCAACGGGGCAUUGUUGUUCUAGACGAGCUGGACAAGCUUGCCAAGCCUCAGCUUUAUGCUGGCACGAAGGAUAUAGGCGGCGAGGGGGUUCAGCAGGCGCUCCUGAAACUGGUUGAAGGAACCAGUGUCUCGGUCCAGGCGAAGAAAAGCAACCACAUGGAAAACGCUGGACUGGGAGGUAGCACGACAGAGUACACGGUGGACACCUCUACGAUUUUAUUUAUUGGGAUGGGGGCCUUCACUGGACUGGACAAAAUCAUCAAGAAACGGCUGGGCCGUAAAAAACAGUCCGACGUCCUAUCGAGAGCCCAACCUUCAGAUCUGGAGCAGUUUGGCUUGAUCCCAGAGCUUGUAGGACGUAUGCCCGUUUUCUCGUCUUUGAAACAGCUUGAGGUGGAGGACCUAGAGAGAAUUUUGGUGGAGCCGCAGAACUCGAUCGUCCGCCAGUACGAGUACUCCUUCGCGAAGAGUGGAGUCAGGUUGGCCUUCACCAGAUCUGCCAUACGGAAAAUCGCAGAGACAGCUCUCAGAAAUGGUACAGGAGCACGGGGUUUGCGCGGCGUUUUGGAGAAAGUGCUGCUAGCAGCGAACUACGAAUGUCCUGGGAGCGGGAUCAGCUUUGUGCUUAUAGAUGAGGAGGUCAUGGAGAUGGACGAAAUAAGGCCGAAGUAUUUUGCACGCGGGGAUAUCUUUCGGUUUUUGGAACAAGUUGGAAAAGAGGACGAACACUUGCGCGGAAUGCUAAGUGACGAGUAUGGCAUAGCAAAGUUCGAGUCAGUAAAAAAUUAG